GGGAGAAGAGUUCAUCCCGCGGCCUGCACAACAUUAACUUAAAACCCUCUUUGCAUUGGUGGAUUGCUAUAAACAUUUGUGCUGCACAAUAGCACAAACUACAGCAAGUUGUGUAUCUUUCCCCCGCAAGGUGUGUAGUCCAACAGGUUUCCAUUUCGGAGAACACAAGAUGGAAAGUCCUCGCAUUGGAGUGGUGAGAGAGUCUAUGCUGCAUCGUCCUCUCUUAAUAAAGCCCACACUUGGAAAAACCAAGUCAAGAGGUUUGUCCUGCCCUGGAUCUGACUUUGUUUAUGGGACAGCAACGACAGUCCAUGAUGGAGGAGUGUCAGAGGCUAUCUCCAACUGGCACACUCACACAGUGUCUACCAGACACAGGGCAACUGAGAGGGAUUUUAUCUCUCUUAACCGAGAGGGGGUCAAGUCAGGCUUGGUGACUGCCAAAGAGCUGCACCAAUACCGUGCCACCCAUGACAUCCGGCGCCAGCCAGCGACCAGAGAGGGCUUUCGUAGGUCUGCCCCACCUUGCAUGACACCAGAUGCUUCAUUUGGUGUUACUAACAGACCAUCUACUCCAAUCUCAGAGCUCAUGGAGUAUAAGUACGCUCAAAAAUGGCUGGAAGAGCAGCAGGCCAGGGACAGAGUUCUACAAGCCCAUCACCACAAGAAGGUUCAGCUUGGGCGUAUACAGGACACAAGAACAACCCUGCUUCGCAAGAGUCGGCCCUUGCCUGAGGCUCCAUCCAUGUGGAAACUGCCCCGUUUCCAGCAGGUGGGACCAGCUCUGGACACCUUUCGAGACCCUGAAGCCCGCAAGAAAGUGAUGAUAGCCCACCACUCAGAAUCUGCAAGUAGGAGAGGGAUUCUGGGUCAAGGCACAUACAGAGUGGAUUGACAGAGCUUGUAAUUAUUACACGUUUGUCUCAGUGCUCCUGCCU